AUGACAAAUACUAAGGAUGAUAAUAUUAAUGAAUCACAAUCACUCAAUGAGGUAAAAAAGAGAACGCUAAAUUUUAUGAUUUCAUCUUCUAUAAUUUUAUGCAUAUUACAUCCAUUAGAUACUAUAAAAACAAGAAAGCAAAUAUACAAAAUAUAUAAAAACUCUUAUCCAUAUUAUUAUAAUAAUAAAUAUAAUUUAUUUUAUAUAUUUAAAAAAGAAAAAAUAGAAAGUUUAUAUCGUGGUCUAGUAGCUAGCUUAAUUACUACAGGUGUUUCUCAUGGGGCGUUUCGCUUUAUUUAUGAUACAUUAAAUUAUCAUAUUUUUCACGGUUUAAAUAAAGAAAAGAAGGCUUGUACAAAAGAUGAGAACUUUUUGGAUGCAAAAAAUGUCAAUUAUCAAGAAAAAAGCAGAAAUAGACCAAAUACGAAUAGUAUGAAAAAUGAAAAUAAUGCUGAAUUAAUAGAAAAUAAUAAGGUGAUGAAAAAUAUAAACACCAAUUAUAAUAAUAAUGAUGAAAUAACCAAAAAAAAUAAAAACAUGAAUUAUUACAUUCUUACAAGUUGUGUAAGUUCAUUAAUUGGGGCUUUAUUUCUUCAUCCUAUAUGGUUAGUAAAAACUAAAAUUGAAUGCACAAUAAAUUUAAAUUAUAAAUUUUUAAAUUAUAAAGAUAGAAUUACAAAUAAAAGAUAUCAAAUAUAUAGUCCCAAAAAUAAAUCAUGUUUUUCGAGAACUACUGCACAUGUGAUUAAACUGUUAAAUGCUUCUAAUAAUAUGCAAGGGUAUACAAAAUUUCCAAAAAACAGUAAAAAAGUGAGAUACAUUAUAAGUAAUAAUGGAAGCAACAACGGAAAUUUCUUUAGGUGGUAUAAAAACAAUUUCAUAUAUAAUAAAAGUACCAAAGUUAGAUCUAAAUAUAAUUCACUUUCUUAUAUUAAUAAAAAAAUGAUAAACACAUCUUUUUCAAAUUAUAGUAAAAUAAAAAAAUAUAUUCUGCAUAAUUACAUUUUAUACAAAUAUCAUCCUAUAUCAUUCACAGGAAAUAGACAAAAAAUGGCUAAUAAUAUGAUCACCAAUUUACGAAAAAAGUUUUAUAAAAGAUACAUAUUAUAUUCAAAAAUACCAGUUAAUAAUAAUACAAUAUUAAGAAUAUUUAAAAGAGAGGAAUGUAAAAAUUCUUUGAGCUCUAUUUAUGUAUAUAAAAAUUAUUUCCAAUUUAUAUAUAGUAUAUAUAAAAAAGAAAAAUUGGCAUCAUUUUAUAAAGGAUUUUUAGCUUCCUUAUUAUUAACACCCCAUGUAGCUAUUCAAUUUUUUACUUAUGAAUAUUUAACGCAAUGUAUCAGUGCUGAAUAUAUACAAAACUUAUUUAAAGGCAGAAAUCUUAGUAUUGAAGAAAAUACUGUAUCCAAAAUUUUACCAUUUAUAUAUGGUGUUAUAUCAAAAUAUAUUUCUAUUAUUAUUACAUAUCCUUUAUAUACAAUAAAAAUGAGACAACAAGUGCAAAUGAAACAUUUUGGGUUUUUAAAUGUAGUACAUAAUAUUUAUAAAACAGAAGGAAUUAAAGCUUAUUAUACAGGAAUUACCACACAUUUGUUAAGGAACUGUUUACAAAACGGAUCCCUUUUUUUUAUUUUUGAGUAUCUAAAUAAUGAAAAGUCAUGA